AUGCUCACCGUGGACGAUGUUCUGGAGCAGGUCGGGGAGUUCGGCUGGUUCCAAAAGCAAGCCUUCCUGAUCCUGUGCCUGUUCUCGGCUGCUUUCGCCCCCAUCUACGUGGGCAUCGUCUUUCUGGCCUUCACCCCGGACCACCGCUGCCGGAGCCCCGGGGUGGCGGAGCUGAGCCGGCGAUGCGGCUGGAGCCUGGCGGAGGAGCUCAACUACACGGUGCCGGGCCCGGGGCCCGAGGGCCAGUGCCUCCGCUACGCGGUGGACUGGAACCAGAGCGCCCUCGGCUGCCUGGACCCGCUGGCCGUCCUGGCCGCCAACGGCAGCCCCCUGCCCCUGGGCCCCUGCGAUCAGGGCUGGGUGUACGACACGCCCGGCUCCUCCAUCGUGACCGAGUUUGACUUGGUGUGUGAUGACUCCUGGAAGGUGGACCUCUUUCAGUCCUGUGUGAACCUGGGCUUCUUCCUGGGCUCUCUGGGCGUCGGCUACAUAGCAGACAGGUUUGGCCGCAAAGUGUGCCUCUUCACCUCCACCCUCACCAGCGCCGUCUUGGGCGUCCUGACGGCCGUGGCUCCAGACUACACGUCCCUGCUGCUCUUCCGCCUGCUGCAGGGGCUGGUCAGCAAGGGCAACUGGACGGCUGGCUACACCCUGAUCACAGAGUUCGUGGGUCUGGGCUACAGACGGACGGUGGCGAUCCUCUUCCAGAUGGCCUUCACCGUGGGUCUCGUGCUGCUCUCCGGACUGGCCUACGUCCUCCCGCACUGGCGCUGGCUGCAGCUGGCCGUCUCCCUGCCCGUCUUCCUGCUCGUCUUCUGCUACUGGUUUGUGCCCGAGUCCCCCCGAUGGCUGUUAUCGCAAAAGAGAAACACUCAGGCGAUAAAGAUCAUGGGCCACAUUGCUCAGAAGAACGGGAAGCUGCCUCCUGCCAACCUGAAGAUGCUGUCUCUCGAGGAGGACGUCGCUGAGAAGCUGAGCCCCUCGUUCGUAGACCUGUUCCGCACGCCCAACCUGAGGAAGUACGCCUUCAUCCUGAUGUACUUGUGGUUCACCAGCUCUGUGGUCUACCAGGGCCUCAUCAUGCACGUGGGCGCCACCGGCGGGAACCUCUACCUGGACUUCCUCUAUUCCGCCCUGGUCGAGUUCCCUGCGUCCUUCAUCAUCCUUGUCACCAUCGACCGCUUCGGCCGCCGCUACCCGCUGGCCAUGUCCAACCUGGCGGCGGGGCUGGCCUGCUUCAUCAUGGUCUUUAUCCCACACGAUCUGUCCUGGCUGAAUAUUGCAGUAGCUUGUGUCGGCCGAAUGGGGAUCACCAUCGUGUUCCAGAUGGUGUGUCUGGUCAAUGCUGAGCUGUUCCCUACGUUCAUCCGGAACCUUGGCAUGAUGGUGUGUUCCUCCCUGUGUGAUUUGGGUGGGGUUCUCACCCCAUUCCUCGUCUUCAGGCUGAUGGAGGUUUGGCAAGGCUCGCCGCUCAUUUUGUUUGCGGCUUUGGGGCUGGUUGCCGGGGGAAUGACGCUGCUUCUUCCAGAGACCAAGGGGAUCACUUUGCCAGAGACCAUCGAGGACGCCGAGAACCUGCAGAGGAAAGCAAAACCCAAAGAAAACAAGAUUUACCUUCAGGUUCAAACAUCAGAACUCAACGCACAGGCACCCGAGAGAGAUGCUUCGCAGGGGACCUCGUGA